AUGAAAGGAAAAGUGGAAAGCAACGUUCCAAAAAUAAAUUUAAAUCAUACCAAGCCAAAGAUACAAGAUGUCGAAUUGAAACAUUUUAGGACAGCUCCGAGGGAAAAACAUCCAUGGAGCAAUGCAGAGACUGAUGCAUUGAUGAGCGGUGUAGGUGAGUUUGGAAAGAAAAGCUGGAAGAAGAUUCUGAACAAGUACGGAAAUGUUUUUAUAAAGGAAAGAAGAAUAGUCGAUUUGGUUAAUAAAUACAAACUUAUUAAGAAAGAAACAUCAUACCAUCAUACCGAAGGCAGAGAUUGGGUUCUAUUGGAUGAGCAAGGAAAGCCUGUUGAGAGCUGGGCAGGUGAAAUAUCAACAGUUAAUCAAAGAUUUCCAUAUGAUGCAGCAAAGAAGUUUGCAAAGAGAAGGAUUGUAAGCGGUGGUAGGAAGUUUAACAUUACAGUAAGAGAAGCACAGAACAUCGAAAAUGCACAUACAUAUGCUGUUGAAGCGGAUUCGCCAGGGAAGAUGAGAAUGAAGAAGUUGGUUGAGAAGCAAAAAUAA